AUGGCGGCAAGGCUUGAAGUGGAUCUUACCUGCCCUGUGUGUUGUGACAUCUUCAAGGACCCCGUACUCCUCUCCUGUAGUCACAGCGUCUGCAAAACCUGUCUGCAGCAGUUCUGGGAGAGAAAAGGGUCCAGAGAAUGUCCCUACUGCAGGAGGAGAUCAUCAAAUGACACUAUGCGCCCAAAUUUGGCAUUAAAGAACCUUUGUGAGACUUUCUUAGAAGAGAGGAGUCAGACACAAUUGUCUUGCAGUCUGCACAGAAGAAAACUCGAGUUCUUCUGUCAAGAUGAUCAGCAGCUCAUGUGUCUGUUGUGUCAAGACAAAUUACACAAAGAUCACAAGUUUUGUCCCAUUCACAAAGCAGCGAUGGAUGCAAAGGAGGAAGUCAUGAUCAAACUUCAGGAGAAACAGAAGGCUUUUCAGAAGGCUAAAGACACCUGCCAUAAAUCAGCUGAGUAUAUUAUGACCCAGGCCAAACACACAGAAAGACAGAUCAAGAAGCAGUUUUUUGAACUUCACCAGUUUCUGCAUGAUGAAGAGGCAGCCAGGAUAGCUGCAUUGUGGGAGGAAGAGGAGCAGAAGAGUCAGAUGAUGAAGGAGAAGAUUGAGAAGAUGGGCAGAGAGAUCUCAUCUCUUUCAGACUCAAUCAGAGCCAUAGAAGAGGAGAUGAAAGCUGAUGACAUCGCAUUCCUGCAGAAUUACAAAAGGACAGUUCAAAGAGCCCAGUGCACACUGCAGGAUCCAGAGAGGGUUUCAGGAGCUCUGAUCGAUGUGGCAAAGCACCUGGGCAACCUGAAGUUCAGAGUCUGGGAGAAGAUGCAGGAGAUUGUUCAAUACGCUCCUGUGACUCUGGAUCCCAACACUGCAGCUGACUCUCUCAUCCUGUCUGAGGAUCUGACCAGUGUGCAAUAUGGUAAUAAUGAGAGGGAGCAGCUUCCUGAUAACCCAGAGAGAUUUGAUCUCUAUCACAGUGUCCUGGGCUCUGAGGGCUUUAACUCAGGGACUCACUGCUGGGAUGUGGAGGUUGGGGAGUACGCACGGUGGAAUGUGGGUGUGAUGACAGAGUUUCUCCAGAGGAAGGGAGACUUUACUUCCAUGAGUGGACGGUGGUUUGUGUAUUAUAGAGAUGGUAAAUAUGGAGCAUGUGCUCCACCACAGCCCUCCAAUCUCCUCAAAGUAAAGCAGACACCCUUGAGGAUCAGAGUGCAGCUGGACUGGGACAGAGGAGAGCUGUCAUUCUCUGACCCUGAUAAUAACACACACCUAUACACUUUCACACACACAUUCACUGAGAGAGUGUUUCCAUACUUCAACAGUGCAUUUAUUCUGAAGAUCUUACCAGUAAAGAUCUCAAUAACAGCGAAGGUUUGA